AUGCAUUCCUCCGAGAAUAGUCGACGGUCACAGGCCCAGCGUUGGCGACCCGAUUUAAACAUCAACACAUCCAAUGCCGCAAACAGGGGUCGCGAUUCUCUACCUGCAAUGCCCUCCACACCCCCGACGAGGACGAAAACAAAACCGCCUGUAUCCGGUCGAGCAUCAUACCGAGUGCCUCCUUCAACAUCGACAACAGCCUCGCGCGAUUCCGAGGAGUCUUUCCUGGAUAAUGGUUCUGACGAAAUCAGAGGGAACGAGCCUGACCUACCUAAUCUGCCCAGGGGGAGAAAUGCGAGAGACUCCCACGAUCUAUCCUUUCCCUCCCGCCAAUUCACCCGAGACUCUCUCGUUACCAAUAUGCUGUCAUCUCUCGAUCAAUUCUCUCUGGGUCAAAUCCAUACGCCUACAACCAACCUGUUCGACGACGAUCCCCUCGGCCUACCAAGACGAGACGACUAUUCGAAGUCUAUGACGAGCACUACUCGCCCGGGACGCAUGUGGAGCAACAGUCUUAGCCACGGUCACGGAUAUUCUUACAGUUCUGACUUCGACGGUACUGAUGACGGAGCGAGCCGGGCGUCAGACCAAUAUUCCAGGGGACGACGCAGUAAUAGCAGCUCGGGGUUCCAAUCAAGCCUAGGCCGGAUCAACAGCUUACGAGAGCGGAGUCACCCUGGUACAUCCGGAGGGCGAGUGCUACAUUCGAGAGGAGGCAAGACUAGCAAGAGCAGCAGUACUAAUAGUAUCGAUGCCGGCUACGCGCAAGUUCUUACCACGCAACGAUGGGCCCAUGGUAUUGGUGGUAGGUCGUCAAGUUUUGACUAUGGACAAAGGCCCUCUCUCAGUUCUCCUAAUGCUUGGAAGACUGAAUUUUCUAACACGUUUCUCGUUGAUGAUUACGAAGCAGCUCCAACACCAACUAUUCCUGUUGGACCUCGCCGUCCGAAUAUGCCUUCUAGUCCUGCCGCCCCACCGCCGAUUCCUCCUCCAGAACCCGAAUCGAAGACUCCUGAUCGCAAGAAUUCUGCUAGGUCGAGAAGCGGUACCGCGCGGACGACCCAGUCUAAGUACGCUCCGUCGUCGCGUGAGCCGCCUCCGCCGAUGCCCUCAACCGAAAUGGAUUCUGCUCCCGCGCCGCAUAUCGGGUACGAGAAAUCGAAAGAGGUCUUGCAUGGAACUCAGGGCCAACCGCCACAGACAAAACCGGGUUUCUUCAGUAGAAUAUUCGGCUACAGGAAUACUACUCCAACAUCAGAUGCUAAACCAACGCCGGUUGCAUCGACUUCCGCAGAUGCUGCUGAGCAAAGUGGAAACAGAUUGCAAAAUGUGGCGUCGCAGACUAAGGCCCAGUCCACUCCUCCGUCCAGGGAUUCCCAAUUUAGAGAAUCCCAACGUUCAGCAUCACAACCUCACGUGGUUCAGAAAAAGUCCUCAUUCUUCAGGAGGAGAAAGAAGUCUGUGACUGAGCCACCAAUGCCGCCUCCUCCGAUCCCUCUUCCAAGAGAAGUGACCCAACUCAAGGAGCAAUCAGCGCCUCAACGAGAGUCUAGUCCCGUCAGCAGCUUGCGUGAAAUCAUGAGUCCAUACCUGCAAGGCAUUACGACAAAUAUUCCCAGCGGCGGCCUCUUAUCGCCAACGCAGGAGAAUGCGCGUGCACGCGGUUAUGAGUCUCAGGACGAGGACAGUUCUCGCAAGGUUCGAGGCUUUUCCCCAGAUUAUGAGCCGAGUCCGAAUGCUACGAUCCGAACCGUGAAAUCCACGUCGGCCUUAAGGAAUCAGGAAUCUGCUCGAAGACGAUCUCAGAUGGACAGUUCGAGCAGGGACUUACCCGAGUUGCCUACCAAGAAGUUUAUUGAGACUCGUGACACGACAUUCUUCCACGAUAGCAGCGACGAAGGAGAAAACCCGCGGGCCACUGGAAAGCAAAAGCAAAAGCCACCGCGAAGUAACAAAUCUUCCCCGAUGGUCAACGAUUCCAGGGACAGGUUCGAGAGUAUCCAGGAGCGUCCGGUAACUGGGAUUGAUAAUGAGGAGUUGUCCAAGCGUGAACCAUCACCGAAACUAGUACUCCAACAUCACUCUACGUUUGAAGGGGGACGUCCUAAACCCGUCGAAGGCCGUGACGGACCUAGAAGGAUGUCGACCUUUCCUAGUUCUCUCAACAAGUCCGACAAUGGCUUGCCUAGCGUGAAGGUGGAUAGCGCAGAAGGUAGCCCCAAGGUCGUCGGUUCUCCUCUAGAUGAGCCUGAAGUCUCCGUGGGCGAGCCAACUGAAGAUGAUCGCCAAAAGGCUCAAAAGAUCUUCGAUGGAAAUGAAGAUUUCAUUCAAAAAGAGAAGGCAGCUUCGUGGAUGGGCGAGGAAGGGCUUGUAAGGCAACGAACAUUGAGGGCGUACAUGGAGCUUUACGAUUUCACGGACCAGAGCGUUCUCACUGCCUUGCGACAGAUAUGCAGUCGUCUCAUCCUGCGCGCAGAGACGCAGCAAGUUGACCGGAUCUUGGUCGCAUUCUCUACACGGUGGUGUGAUUGUAACCCGAACCACGGCUUCAAGACCAUGGAUGUCAUUCAUACAAUGUGCUACUCGAUCAUGCUCCUGAAUACAGAUCUCCAUCUUGCAGACAUCGACCAGAAGAUGACAAAAAGCCAAUUCGUCAAGAACACCAUGACAACUAUCAAGCAUGCGCUGGUUGAUUCUGCUCCUGAAGCUUUCGAUCGUGCCAGUGUCUUGCCUGGGAAAAACAGCCUACUCAGUCCUUCUGAGUCAGAAACGGUUAUGUCUUAUGAACCAGAGCCGGAGAUGAAACUCAGCUGGAGGACGUCAUUCAAACCGAUACCGUUACCACUACCGCGAUCAGACUCAUCGAUGGGUAAUUACUCGGAUGGUCCGGUGGACACCUGUGGUCCGCUUGUGAAAACACCUUUUGAAGGCACUAUGAAGGCCUGGAUGCAGCAGAUGGAACAAGUAUUGAAGGAAAUCUACUCCUCAAUCCGUGAUGAGAAGCUUCCUCUCUUUGGUGCUGAGCCAAGUCAGCCGCCGAGUCAGACACAAAGUACGCUCUCAGUCAUGGGGGUGCUUAAGCGCAGUCCUAGUGUCUUAUCGAAGGCACCCUCUGAAGGCCAAAUUCCCGCCCGUGGCAGAAUCAACGAACCAGUUCGUCCUCCUCCUGGAAGUAGAUGGAAUUCGAAGAGUCGAUCGAGACCAAGAUUUCCUGGCAAUGGGAUGUCCUCGAGUCGUACUAGCUUCGACGAUGGUAAUUCGGUAUGGAGUCCCACUACCUCGUCUGCCACGUGGAGUCGUUACUCGUUGGGUAGGACCCAAACUUCGAUGUCGGUGGACUCUUUCGGCUCAUACCCUCACGGCGACUACCAGCAGUCUAUCGGUUUCGCCAAUGCGUUGAGCCAAGCAAUAAUCCGUGAAGACGUGCCUCCUGGUACCAGUGGGCAGUCCAUCAUGAGCGACGACUUUCAGGCUAACCAACUACUCGAAGAUGAAACCCUGGAGCUCGCAGGUCCGCCUUGGGUCAAGGAAGGCAUCGUCAUCCAUAAGCAUCAUCUUGAUGGCAUAGAUAAGAAGGCCAAAGAUCGUAACUGGACCGAGGUAUUUGCUGUUGUUCAGAAGGGAACCAUGAGCCUCUUCUCAUUCUCGAGCAAAUCGAUGCGCCAGAAGUCCCGCGGUGGACGUAAGCCUCCCCCAGGUGCCGUCGUUGGUGGCGGAAAUUGGCAGGAAAAUGCUACUAGCGUCGGGACUUUCUCGCUACGACAGACCCUCGCUUCCGCCCUCCCUGCGCCUGGUUAUUCUCGAAGUCGUCCGCAUGUUUGGGCUCUCAGUCUGCCCACCGGUGCCGUGCACCUCUUCCAAGUGGGAACCCCUGAUAUAAGCAAUGAGUUCGUGCUUGCCGUCAAUUACUGGAGUGCUCGAUUGAGCACGCACCCGCUCGUUGGCGGGGUUAGCAAUAUAGAAUAUGGCUGGAGCGACGCUAUCAUUAAUAAUGCUCUGGUCACAGCCAUCAACGACCCUCCUCCACCUCCACGCCCAGGCAGUGCCGCAGCAGGCCGCUCGAGUAUGCAUAGCCGUCAAGGUAGUCUGCAAAGCAGCAUUCGCUCGUCUUUCGAGGUCGGCGGCAGCUCACGAACCAAACUACCGGGCGAUCGAAUUCAUAUUGCAGAAUGGACGCCGCCAGCGCAGUCGCUGCGGCCCAGCAACGCGUCCGAGGCCGAGCAACUGGAGACGCUUGAAGCCUACGUCAAGUCUAUAGAGGAAGACUUGAAGAAGCACAACCAGCUCCGGUCACCGAUGCUCCUAGCAUUCACCCCUCGCGGUCAUAACUCGACAAAGGCUAUGGCGAACUGGGAGCGGAAGUCUAGUUACCUACUGCGCGAGAACGUCAAGUUUAGUACAUAUGUCGACUGCCUGCAGAUUGCUAAGACCAAGAGGGCUGAGAUCUACGCCGAGCGUGAAAACGCCAGGCGCGCGGCGCGAGGUGAAGACCUAGAUGAAGAUGAGGGCGAGCACGAUGCGGAGGCGGAUGUGACGAUCCAGGUCGACGAGGAAUGA